AUGGCGCCCAAUGGCAUCCUGUUUCUUGUCUUCACUUAUCUGAUGGGUCUGACAAUGGGCUCCUUGAAUUGUCCCACUGGAAAGUCGAACGCCCUGCAGUUUCACGUGGUUCGCCAGUGCCAACGAGCCGCAGCUGAUGAAGCACUGGCCCUGGAAAACACGUCCUCCCUGCAGGAAUGUGCGGAUCUGGCUCAUGAGCUGCGUGGCCUGGCCUUGAACUACGCGCCAGGAGGACCGAAAAGGAGGCGUAAUUCAUUUGACCAGAGGCCCUUCGGCAAGGAGGGGGACAAGGAGCAGCACGUUCGAAGUCGGUUGGGUGUCUUCGAACAGCCAGGAGAGUUCUUCAACUGCCAUGUCCUGAAGUGUCCGCAGAACAAUACAUUUUCAGGGAUGGUCAACGACAGUCGCUUCGAUUAUUACAGCCUAUAUGGAAGGCCGACAGUCGUAAGGAACUACAGCUGUAUACCGGAGGUUGGACUGUUCGUGGUGUAUACUCAGCCCAGUGCCUACUUGAAUGCCUCUCUGACCUGCUCCAACUCUUCGGAGUUCACUGGUAGUCUGGCACACAUUGCCUCCGAGCACAGAACAAAUUUACUGGCCCAAUGGUUACUGGAGUUCAAAAGAAGAUCCCCGCCUCAGGCAGAAGGCAAUGUCUAUCUGGCCUAUGUGGGGUUGGCCUACAACAGCUCUACGUCCUUGAGUCCACAGGAUUUCAGGAACUCCCAACGGGAAAGCUUGCAGUGCUUUCUGUACAGAGCCUGGGAAGCCGGUCAUCCUCGUCUUGGUGGUGAGCUGAGCAACGCCAGCUGCGUGGCCCUGACGCCGCGGGGAACCUGGCAAACCCUGAACUGCGACCUGGAGCUGCCCUUUAUCUGCGAAAUCCACACGGCCAGGCCAACUUUCGCCUGGGAGCGCUCCGGUUCCGAGCUGGACAUCGGCCCAAAUGCAGUCUUCGAGUGCGACAACGACCGAGUCUGA